GUCAAGUUGUCAAAUUGACAAUCUUCGACGUCACAUUUUAUCUUAUCAAAAAUUGUAACAAGGUCUCGCCACGGCCGAUUUAAGUGGUCAUGUAAAGUCUUUAUUAAAAAAAUCUAAUUAUUAGAUCCAAUUCCACUUGCCCCGGUACCCAUAAGCCAUAAAACGCCAUCAAAAUGUCCCGUGUCUACAAGGCUAUUAUCGGCGCUGCUGAUAAGUUUGUGCCUGCAAAACUCCGUCCUCUGUGGGAGCACGAUGCUGGACCAAAAACAAUUUUCUUCUGGGCGCCCGCAUUCAAAUGGGGAUUGGUGAUGGCUGGUUUGGGUGACUUGAAUCGACCUGUCGAGACCUUGUCUAUCCCUCAGUCCGCGUCCUUAGCAGCAACCGGUAUUAUCUGGUCGCGUUACUCGCUCGUCAUCAUACCGAAAAACUAUAGUUUGUUUGCAGUUAACGUGUUUGUUGCCAUAACAAGUUUAUACCAAAUAGGCAGGGCUAUCAAAUACGAACAGAGCCUAAAAAACAAAGAAUCAAAGCAAUAACAGUAACAUGGAUGUGAUAUAGUUAUAUUUAAGCCCUAUCGCUAGCUUGGCUAGACGCUUAGUGGAUCACAUUCGGUUCUCCCCUAGUAUAUAGAGGUAUAAAUAGCUUAUAUUGGGAUUAGGGUGUCCAAAGCACAUUUUAUUUAUAAACAAGGCAUUUCGCCUGAAAUUCUGACAUUAAUGACAACUUCAGUAGUGAUGCAUAAACUGUUGAUAGAUAUUUAAGUUAUUUAUUUAUGUAGCUCAAAACUUGCGUGGCAAUAUUAUUUUUAUAGUAUAUUUAAACGCUUGAUUUUUAAGAGUAUUUUUGACUGAGCAUAUAUGUAAAAUCAUCUCCAAUUUAUUAGAUGUGUAUGGUAAUAUAUUAAAUGUUUUAAAGGGAUAUCAAUAUGUUUCCAAUGUUGACACGGAUUUAUGAAAUUCGCGAUAAUGGUUUUUCUCGUCCAAUAUCCAGUCCUAUUCAUUUCCAGAAUAGCCUAACAUAUCUGAUGUCUUAUUGCUAGAAAGAAAUUAUUUCGACUUAGAUCUUUUUCUAAUAAUAGAAAAAGUCUUCAUAAGGCUCCUGUGAAAGGAAUGUGACUGUGUUCCUUUCUGAAAACAAGCAUUGUAUGUUAACCAAUAAGUGAACAUUUAAUGUCUUUUCUACUUUGUGUUGUGUACAACUGACUUUCUAAAUAUUCGGUCUUUUUUACUAUAUGUUGUGUCUCGUGUUUAAUAUGUUACCAUAGCUUCGUGUUGAUACAAUGGUGCUCUAAAUUUUAAUAAAUUAAGCUAUCUGGAUCUGUGAUAGCAAGUUAAACAACUCUUACAUUCAUGUUAUAUCUCAUGUUUCUCUACGGUAUAUUGUAAGCAUUAUGACGGUUUAUUAAAACGUAUUUUUUAUGAAA